AUGUUUUAUGUUCUCCCUUUUUUUCAUUCUGUGUGUCUUACAGGAUCCACAAGUUCAUCAAUGUCAGACCACUGGCUGAUACGGCUGACAGGGGACAGUCAGAGAGGCAGUAUGGUCUCUCGAUCCUCCACCACCUGCCCAUCCUCCUUACCUGACUCACCCGAGUCUCCGGUCUUCUUUGAAAACGGUUCAAAAGAAGAAAGAGGGGGUUUCGAUAGCAGGCCUUUUAUCAGAGGUCUUCAGGGAAGGAGUGUGAGCAUGAGAGCACCUAGCAAGACCAGGGAAACACUGAGCAAAGUGUUCCCCCUGCGCUGGUCCUUCGGUUCAAAGGACAGACGGAAACCUGACCCAGUGCCCCUGGCUGUCCAAGACCCUGCCCCUGUGGAGCUGGUACAGUACUUGGAGUCUGGCCGGCGGCCCCGGUGCACAAAAGAUCCAAUAGCAACGUUGAUGAGCGAGUCACGCAGCGCGAAGGAAGCUUCUGAGGGCCGGGCUUCCGCUAAUGUUCGAUCUUCCAGUGUUGGAAGUUUAAGUUGUUUAAAUAAGGCAGGAGAUGGGCUGCCGCUUGAGUCUACAAAGGUACCUGAGGGCCAGAGGAGGCCGUCAGAUAAGACAGCAAGCUUGAGACGCAGUAAGGGGAGCCAGCCAAGAGACGACAGGACGACGAAUAUCAGCAGUAGCUCUAGCAGUAACACUCUCACCAGGAGGAAAGAUGACAGGAAGGAAAGCUCCUCCAAAGCUUGCCAGGAUACUGAGACAAAAAGGAGUUCCAGUGCUGGUGUUCAGUCCAGCUACAGCACUCCCAGCCUUCAGGACGGGACCCUGAGAAGACAAAAAGGGGACAGGGCUGAUAGGGAACAACAAGGUGCAUACGAAGGAAACUCUAAGACUAAGAAAGAAGAAGUGCCUAGGAACCAUGAAGGACUGCUCUCCUUCUUUAAAGGCAGUUUCCUGAAGAAGGAUAGGGACUCAAGGAAGUCAAAGGAGGGUGAAUCAGGAAGAGGAGCAGGUGAGGAAGGAGGCAGAAGGACGCUCUCUAAGUCGUCGCUGUCAAAUGGAGCAGCAGCAGCAGGAGGAGCAACUGAACCGGAAGUAGGCAAGUCUAAUGGCUCGGGCCACCGGGGCGACGAGCUGGCAAACGGGAAGGUGGGACGGACAACGGCGGAUAUCAAGCGCUCCCAGAGCUCCUCCAACAUCCCCAUCAAAGCGGAGCAGAGUAUACGAAGGACAGCUUCCCUGCAUCGCAACGGGAUGUCUACAGCCCCAUCACGCACCCUGGCAACAGACAAACCGUCGUACGGCACCCUGCAGAGGACUCGAUACAGCACAACCUCGCUUGGACGCAAAAGGACAGUCCCCGAGUCCAGCUUCUGACACACAGAUCAUCAACUCAGCCACACACACACAAAGCCUUGUAUUUGUCAUAAGGAGAGUGACUUCCAAUCUCUAAGAUCAAAGCAAUAGAGAGCAAUUCCAAGUGGUGCCCCUCUUUGUCCUUAGAAAAUGAACAGCAUGAUGUGGAAUGCACAACGGAGUUGAGAGGCUCAGAGCAUAUAUAGGGUAGCUAAAUGCUGGGAGAAUGAGAGCAGAAUAAAAUCAUUGGACCUGUCCAUCAAAUUUAAGAGAGUCCAUUAUAUUUGGUUUUUUGUUAUGACUUAAAACAAGUGCCUGAUAAAUGUAUAUUAUGCAGUUAAGAACCAAUGAGUUAGUCUGUUUAGCACUGGAAGCACUAAUUGACACACACACACACACACACACACACACACACACACACACACACACACACACACACACACACACACACACACACACAGACACACACAGACAGACAUAAUUAGUAUAGCAUAUUAUCCACAUUCGUGUCUUAUCGCUGUAGUUGGAGUGCUGGAAUUCCUCACUCCAUUCUGAAUUCUCAUGGUUGUUUGAUUACAAUCUGGACGCACUGAUUGUGUUCCUUCAUAAGAAUGUAACUUCAUUAACGGUGGUGUUUUGAGGCUUCAGAUUCUGCUUAACAUUUAUUAUCCAUCUGUAAUCCCUUGUUUAAAGUUUUCAAAAUACACGAUGGCUUUAAACACGAAGCAUAAGCAUAAGCUUGUCCCUAUGUGACCCAGACUGCAGUGUUGACCCUGCACAACAAAGACCUUUAUCAGUGAUAUCCCACUGGGUAGGAUUGGUAUUCUGUAGAAUCUCUGACUUGGGUCACACAAUCAUUAUUCGGCUAAGAAAUUAAAUCCCUAACAGAGCCAAUAACGAUUUAUUUAUAUUCAUGCAAUAUCGACCCUUUGGAUAUGUGUCAAUCCUUUUAUAUAAAAUGAAUUCCAUUGGGUUUGUUCUUUUAAUAUUCUAGUUUUUUGUGUAACCACUUUAAUUUGUUGUUUUAUGAUUUGUGUUUGUGAAGGUGACCAUAGUGGGUGAGUGUUUUUAUCAAUAUCCUCCCCCUACUCAAAAUGAAUGUGACAGUAACACAUGCUGUUUUAUUGAAGCUUUAGUUGGAGCUGCCUGAAAAACCUGCUCCUUUUGAUUACGAAGAAUGUUGACCCUAAUCUGAUAUUCACUGUCAUCUUCACCGUAGAAAUAUUACGCCCAAACCUUAACCAGACUGGCCAGUUAUCAGAAAGUCAAAUACUCCACAAAGUAUAGAGUAAAGAGGGUCAGCGUUUUAGGGUGACGUCUUUUCCUCUAAUUAUACCUUUAAUUUGUUUCAUAUCUUUUAAUCAUUAUAGUAUUAACAAUCUUAUAGAAGGUUUAAAAUGACCCAAUUAAAACAAAAUGAAAUGCAUUAUUAGAAAACUGCAGACUAAAUUGAACAAUUUAAUGUUUUUCUUUCUGAUAUGAACCGUGCAUACAAUCAAACUUCCCCUUCACCUUAUCACGAAAAUUGGAAGAAAAAAAUAUCAUGACAUUCCUUCAUCUCGUGAUAAAGAAAUAAUUCAUGCAGUUAUCAAAAACAAAAAUUCAAUUUUUGUUUUUUACACACCCUUUUAUUUCAAACAUAGCAAACACAAAUAUGAUGUGAAUGAAAAUGUAUAUUUUCAGUUUUCUUUGUUUUAAUAUAGACAUCUUAAAUCUCCCACAUGAAUCAGCUGGAACUCAAAUGUAAUGUUCGGCAUGAUGAAGGAUAUCUGGUGCCUUUUGCCUUUCACAGCCUUUGUGAUAAAAAAAGGAUGACGUAAGCAUGUAAUGUGAGCGUGAUUUGGGUUUAUGUUGCACAUUAUUGGGACACAUGAAAGCAUAUUUAAUUUAUUUAGUGUAAUCUGUUUAAUUUUUGUAUACUUUUACCUUGCUACAUAUUUUACCCACUAUGUGCUUCGCAUUUAAUUUGUAUAUUUUGAUGUAGAACAACUUCCCUUUGGCCACUGUACCGUUUCAGAAACUCCUCUCUCACAUCCAUUGAAAAACUUGUAGAGAAAAGCAGCGCAUUGAUCUCUUUAUCCUGGACCUGGUAUCCCCAGCCCCUCCAUUUAAAAAAAAAGGGUGACUUUCUAGUCUCAUGUCUGCUUUAAAUUCUGGUCGUAUGUUGUAUCAAGUGAGGAUCGAUCCUUCUUUUCUGCUGCAUUGAUUUUCUGACGCGUAUGUGCACAUAAAUUAUCCCAUGAGGCAAUUCUUUGAUAAUUGCACAAUGCUGAAAAGACUGAGAGAAGCACAUAAUCAACAGUAUUUUAUUGUUUGUAACCGUGAUUUUGGUUCCAACCUCUCAACCAACACUAUUUGCCCAGUAUCGACCAUAUCUAAUGUAUUUCUAAAUGACCAAAUUACAGUGACUAUUAGAAUUACAGGAGAUAAUAUUCUGUGCAAUUGUCAAAAUCUUUUUAUACUCUAACUGAAACAUUUGUAAUUAUGUGUCAACCCACAUUAGAAACUGCAACACACUCUUUUGUUUGAAAGGAGAGAGUAGUGGAUGAAGGCUGUGUAAUUGAACAUCUGAUUUAUUUAACAUCUGAUUUAUACAAGUAUUAGUAACAUUUGCUAAUGAAAGGCUCAGGCUUCUUUAUUCUAAUUUCAAAAGCAUCACAUCACCCUUAGAAAUCACAGAAGACUAAAAAACAAAAGCUGUAUUUAAGCUUGUCACAUUGAUCAUAUGCCAACCCAUCAUUAUCCUACAUGAAAAUAAAGAAGCCUUUCCUUUUUAUUGGGAAGCAUUUAAUGUAUUAUUCAAAUUUAAAAAGGAGAAGCAGACGUUUUCUAUAAUGCAGAUCAUUAAUGUAGCUUGUUGAACAUGUCAAACAUGUGACUCAACACUUGUUGUGACACAAGCUGCUAAAAAUAAGACUAAUAAGCAGUAUACCUUCAUAUCCAUAUACAUGUGACACAUUCAAUUCCUUAUUCCAGAUGUUGUUCAGAUGUGACCUCCAGCAGUAAUUCAUUGGGAGAUACACAUAUAUGUUUCACUUUCAUUACCACUGAAAAAUUGGGCUUUUGGCAAUGGUCUUUAUUCUCUGAUUUCCUCCUGCUUAUUUUUAGCCUUGGAAAUGUUAUGAAUUGAUUGAACAUGAUUAAUUGCUGCUGUCAUAGUGUAUCUUUGAAAUACACGGUGAGCAAAGACUUGAAAUACCACCAAUUAAUCCAAAGUCUGAAAGGUCAUGUUGACAAGUAAUUCCUCUUUGUGGAGGCGUUAGUCCCACACAGGUUGAGUGUUCAGAAAAUUCUCUUUCCGCAACAAAUAAGCUGGAGAAGUGGCACUUCAGCUUCAGAAAAAUGCAUGAAGUGUUAAGCCUCUGGAUCAGUUGACUCACUCACAACAUUUACAAAAUGACUUUCACAAACACCUUCAGUAAGCGGUAAAUACAAAUGCUUUGAUGCAGCCUCAAGUGAGGAAGCAAUAAUUGUGGAAUGUCUUAUUAAUUUAUGUUGAUCCUUAAGUUGUUGCUCACAGGCACGAAAGGUUAAAGAAGUCGAGCACCGCAGCAAAUGUUUUCGAAAACACUAAUAAAUCAAAGUCAGGUGUUUAGUUUUAACUUUGAAACAUCAUGUUGGGUUGACGGUGGCUUUAUUUCAAAUGCAGCUGCUAUCUGCAUGGAAUUACCAAACCUUGUAAAAAGAAUAAAAAAGCGGCCACUGUCAAUCAAAAACAUUUCGAAAGAAAAGGCAGUUGCUAAAUAUUCACGCUGUAGUUGGCUCUUACUAGCCGACUCUCCUCAACUUACAGGGACGAAAUGACAGCUGUGGCUUCAUAUUGAACACAAUUAUAUGUCUGUUUAAAAUCUGCCGUGCGGGGUUGCCCAUACUCCUUCUCAUUAGAAUUUUCAAGAAAGGUAGAAAGAAAGACACAAAAAAAGACAUUUGACAGAAAAUAAAUCAAAAAGUUCAGUUUCAAACCUGGGGAAUAGUUUUUUCCGCUAAAGACUCACUGCUAAUGUUAGAAUAGAAAAUAUAUAUUGAUUAGAGCCUUACACAACCUUAUACACCAUUCCCAUCAUUUUAGUAAAUGUUUUGAAAGCUACAAAAUACAUGUAGUAUACAUCUAAAGAUCAACAUGUCUUCCAUUCAGAAGUAGCAGGUUAUCAUUGAAAAACACUCACAAAGCAGAAGGUAAACAGUUAUAUGAGGGGUCAAUGCUGAAAUGAAAAAUAGGAUAAAUAGGGACACCAUGUCUGUAUUGCAGAAUAAAUGUUUAUAUCUUUUUUUCUGACUGGCUCAACCUGCAUGGGCCCACAUACACACUCGGUUUACUCUGCCAAACUGAGCACGACGGUUUUAACAUGCAUCUUUUUGAAAAUGUUGCUUGAAGAUGUUUUUAUAUGCAAUUGUACUACAUUUGAUGGGAAGAAGUGUGUGUGUGUGUGUGUGUGUGUGUGUGUGUGUGUGUGUGUGUGUGUGUGUGUGUGUGUGUGUGUGUAAAGAGUGAUUAAAUACAAUUGUUAUCAUUGACAUACAACUUGAGGGGUUUAGUGAUUUGGGAAUAUGAUGCCAAGGUAUACAACUGAACUGACAUUCUUUGUAUUUUAUUUUUUGCACAAGGGUUACUUUCUGCCUUCUGUACAUGUGUUUCAUUUUCCAACACAACAAAUAAAAAAAAAGU